AGAAUUUCUGCGCCGCUACACCCACAGACUGACCCACCCCUCCCUCCCACUCCCAGUCGUUCCCACGUCGACUCUCGAUUCUCACGGCCACGGCGGCGCGACCCCAGUCACCGGCGGCGCGGCGCCUCCUCCUCCUCCGCCGACGAGCUCUUCUUUGAUGUCGAGAUCCUCCGCAUCCAUAUAAAAAAACGCCUCGCUCCGCCCUCGCCGCCUUCUCCAUUUCCGCCGCUGCCUCUCUUGUCCGGUAAGUCACCAACGUCGGACGUAACUUAUAUCUCCCCCAGUAUGUAUUAUUUUUUAUUCCUAUGUUUUUAGGUUGUGAUUUUGAGUUUUGUUCUGUGUUUUCCAAUUAAGAUUUGUUGUUUUUGUAUAUGCAUAAACAUUCAUGUUUGAUUUUGGAGGUAUUAUUGGUAGCUCGAAUCGGAAGUAGUUGAUAGAUUUUAUUGGAUUUUGAAGAAUCCCACAAAGAAAAGCAGCAAUAAGUGGAUGUCGCAUGUGAAGUUUUUGGUUUUAUCUUUGUGGGAUUACAUUGCACUAUCGAUGCCUCACCAACAAUUUGUUUUGAAUAGUAAAAGUUUGGACUUGUUAUAACUAUUAAUUGAUGUGUAUUGUUUUUCAAUAGUAAAAGUGGGUAGCAAAGAUGAGAUGGGAUAUUUGGUGAGAUGAGUUUGUUUUUUUUUUCCUUCCACAUUUUAUUCUGGUUUCAAUGUUUUGUAAAUAAUUUUCUCCGAAUUUCGAAGUUCUUAUUGAAGUAGAUAGGCUGAAUAUUGAAAUUAUAUAUAUGGAGAGAAGAGAUAUAUUCACCAACACAUAGUACAUGUAUAUAUAAAAGUGCUUCCAAAGCUAGGGAAAGUGGAGAACUAUUUGUGGAUUGACUCCAAGAUAACGGGGUUUACAGGUGCCUCCUGUCUUCUCUCACUCAGCCCCCCUCUCCUCUCCCUCGCAAUUUCUCCCGUUUCUUCUCUCUCACUUGAAAUUCCCCUCCUUUUACUUUCCAUCAUUAUGAGGGAAAUCGUUACUAUCCAAGUUGGGAACUAUGCAAAUUUUGUGGGCUCUCACUUCUGGAAUUUCCAGGACGAGUUGCUUGGACUAGCCGAGAGCGCUGAGAGUGAUGAGAUAUUCAAAAGCCACGGCCUCAACAUGGAUGUCCUUUACCGUGCUGGUGAAACUCAGCAGGGCAUUCUCACUUACACCCCUCGGCUGGUGUCGGUGGGCCUUCAAGGAUCCCUAGGAUCAAUGAGUUCACGUGGAACCUUGUACAAAGAGAUUCAAGAAACCCAAGAUGAUAGUUUAACAUGGACAGGUCCUGUAACAACUCAAACAUCUCAACCCUUACAGAAGAACUUGUUCUUGCAAAGCUUGGACUGGGAAGAGAAUACAAAUGUGGAUAGGUCGAGAGCUUAUGACAAUGCACAAAAUGAGGCUCGUGCUGAAGUUCAAGAUAAGGACAUUGUUGAAUGUCUAGAGAAUGAAGUUCAUUAUUGGACGGACUUCUCAAAAGUUCAUUAUCACCCACAAAGUCUGUAUGAAAUAUGUGGAUUAUGGACAGACAUUAAAGAUUUCAACAAUUAUGGGAUUGGGAGAGAGGCGUUUUCUGGCAGUCUGCAUGCUGAACAAGUUAAUGAGAGGCUUCGUUUUUUUCUUGAAGAGUGUGACCAUCCUCAGGGAAUUCAAUUUAUUGUUGAUGACUCCGGAGGAUUCUCUGGUGUAGCAGGGGAGGUUUUAGAAAGUAUGGCAGAUGAUUACCCAAACAUUCCAGUGCUACUGUACUCUAUUCGCAGUCCUGACUCGUGCCUGGAUCCGAGCAGCCGCAAGCUGACAAUAACCCGUGAACUUCAUAAUGCAGUUUCAUUUGCAAAGCAAUCAGCUCUCUGUAAAUUGAUAGUACCCCUUGGUUUGCCAUCCCUGAGUACAAGUAAAAUUUCCAAGUACCUUUAUUUGGAAGAUCGAAAACCUUACCACACCAGUGCCGUUUAUGCAUCUGCACUACAUUCUAUCAGUCUCCCUUUCAGAAUGGAGCCACAUGGGCCCAGUGCACAAUUCAGCUCGACGUCUGGUGCAGUGACUAUAAAUGACCUUGUACAGAUUUUAACUGGACAGGCUCGGCAGAAUAUGGUUGCCGUUUUGGAUGCUUCUAUGCCAGCUCCUGCAUUGGCAGGUACCGGGUUCCAGCAAUCUCUGUUGGAAACUUUGCAGCCACUGACCCCAGAAACAGCUGAAGAUGUCGAAGACAUGCAUGCUUUGGAGUCUAUGAUCAUUCAUGGAGCCUUUGCAUCAGGAUCGAAAAGGGCUUCAGUUUUUGAAGUAAAGGAAGCAGUGCAGGUUGCUUAUAUGAAUGCAGUAAGAAGACCUAAGUUCUCUCAUCUCUCAGUAGCUCAAUGCCCUCUCCCCAUACCAUUGCCUUAUCCUUCAAUAUUCGGAAAACUUGUUGGCGGAUGCGGUGAACUUUCUGAUACGCCCCUCUCGGAUUCAUCAUCGUCAUCAUCAUCGAGAGGGUCGCUUGAAGUCCAGUCUGUCCCAAUGGCAGCAAGACUACGAUCCAGCAUUGCCAUUUUGCCAUUUUUGGAGAAUCGGCUGCAAAAUCUUCGGAAGUUGGGGAUUGCACGAGGGGCGCUGGGGACAGAGAUACUCGGAAGUUGGGGUUUUGGAAGAGAUGAUGUAGAAGACAUAGGAGAGAUGCUGUCUGAUAUGGUAACAAAGCUCAAUCCUAUAUCUGAAGCAUCAUCAGAUUCUGAUUGACACAAAAUUUCUCCGCCAUUUUCUCAUUAGUAUCCAUCUGCUGUGGAGCAUAACGUGAUAGAUCGCAGAACUCUCUGUCACUGUCUUCUUUCCUUGUUUCAGGCUAUAGAACUCAGCCUCCUUCUUCUUCCUGUAGCUUUUGGGAAUAUACUUAUCGUAUAACCCAGUCUUAAAGUCUUCCCAAGUGUAAGCUGCCCAUUGCUCGAGAGUCAGAGUCUUUCGGCGGGCUUCCCACCAAAAGUCAGCCGAUCCGGCUAGUUGAAAAGACACGCACGAGAGUCGCUCCUCUUCUGUGCAGUGUAGAAAGGUGAAAAUGCGCUCCAAGGCGCGUACCCAAGCCUCAGCUUCAGUUGGGUCGCCCAUUCCAUUAAACGUGGGCGGAUUUUGUCGAAGAAAGAGUUCCUCAAUCCUCCUUGCAGGGGGUGGAGGGGGUGGGGUAGGUUCCCUAUCGUUUCGUGGUUCCUCAGGUAUAUCAUCUCGAUUUCUAUCGUUGUUAACAUUUCUCCUAGCGGUGCGACCUCGUUUAGGCGGCAUUCUGCGAAAUACGAAACACCCCUUUUUAACACAUUCUAUACGGGAGUCUUUAAGGCAAUUAAUAAAGAGCUGCUUGUCAAAA